AUGCAGAUUGCUUCAACUUGCAAAGGAUGCAGUUGCGAUAAAUGUGAAACUUUAAAAGACAAAAAUCCUACAGAUGCAAAAUUAAACAAUGAAAAAUGUCAAAACGGACAAUUCAAUCGUCACAGAGCUUUAGCAAGAUCUCGUCCAACAAAAAUGAAAAUACGCUAUACUUAUGGAAAUCAUCAUCGCUUGGAUCAUACUUAUGCUGCUGUUGCAAACGUGAAUGACGUUUUGUAUCUGAAACCCAUAAAAAAUUCGAAUUUAGAGCCGACGAAUCAAUGGUUUAAAAAGCACAAUAGUCUUUUUAAUGCAGAGGAGAAGCAAAUUUUGACAGUAGAAACGAAUCAUCAUCUUAAGUCAAAUUUUAAUGAAAGUAAAGAAUGUCAAGUUGAUGAAAGUGGUGACGAACUUUUCUUUGGUUCUAUAAAAAAUGAGACCGACGAGAUUAAUUUAAAAAGCACGUGGCUACGUAAUCUCUGCUUAGAAUAUCAGCCAUCAAAGAAUUUUCCAAACUCGCAGGUCCAGGAAAUUAUUCAUUUAGAUGAGACUAUGAGAGAGAAACACACGCAAUUCCACUUUUCGAGAAUCAAUGGUACAUUGAAGCAGUAUCAAAAAAAUAAAAAAGUAAAUAAAAGCAAAACAGAAGUGUCAUCAUUUGUUGGAAACGGUAAAGUUACUAAAUCGGUUCAAGAGGAUAAGAAAAGAUGGAUUGCAGCUCUUGCAUUGAUAGAACUUGCCCAGUCAAAAUGAAAACAAUUAA